AUGAGUAAGGGAGGUGCCUGGAGUGGAGGAAGUGCAAGAGCUGACGGUGGUGGUGGUGGGGAGACAAUAAAUCUUACAUCUAUAGUUGCAAUUAAUUGGAAUCAUCCCGAUGUCAUAUAUCAUGCUAAUCGACUUGGUAUCCCAAUACCAGGAGGAUUGUCUUCCGGUGGUGGUGGUGGUGGUGUGGUGGUGGUGGUGGUGGUGGCGGCGACGGUG